UAUGGUGACUGUAACAUGGUCUUUACUCGCUCGGAACAUCUAGCGAGACACACUCGUAAACACACUGGAGAAAAGCCAUUCAAAUGCAUCGUGCCUGGUUGCAGCAGACGGUUCAGUCGAUUCGAUAAUAUGAUGCAACACACUCAAACUCAU